UUGCAACAAAGUUACUGUACUCGUUGUGUCAGGACUCGUAUAUGGGACACUCGUCCAAACUUUUUCGUUUUCAGUUUUUCUCAAAAGGCCCAUACAUUUUAUUUAAACAGAAUUGUGACACUCAUUCUAGGCUACUUAUUCAACACAAUGGACCAUGGAAUAGGGUGGCCGCAGAAAGGCAACGAUCGUGGACUUAAUUUUCAUGGAAUUCUGAUGAGCACAGGGCUAAUUUUCUUCCAAGGCGAAGCUCUUUUAUCAUAUCGAAUGUAUCGCUCCGACAGUAAAAUCGUGUCGAAAACAAUUCACUUCGUAUUCCACUUGUUGGCCAUCAGCUUUUUUACUACAGCUUUUGCUGCUAUCAUCAUCCAAAAAAAUGCCAAUACAUACUCUCGAAUCUGGAAGCAUUUUUUGCCAAAAAAAGGGUUGCCAAAUCGAACCAGAGUAGUUUGUCGCAAAUCAAAUACUAUUUACUUAUCGAACCAAGUGACACAGGUUUAA